AUGCUCAUGCCCACCUGUGGAUUUGUCACUGCACGAGGGGUCAGGGCCCCCUCCACCUCCGAGCAGAGGAAGAAGAACAGUACAGGCAGUGAGGGAGAUUCCUCCAAUGAGGCCGAUUCAGCUCAAGUGGAGUAUCCCUACGGAGAGCUCAUCAUCUCCCUGGGCUUCUUCCUUGUCUUCCUUUUGGAGUCACUGGCAUUGCAGUGCUGUCCGGGAGCUGCUGGAGGAUCAACAGUACAGGAGGAGGAAAUGGGUGACGCGCAUGUCCUUAAACUGCACAGCCAUGGGCCUCUGCCCUCAUCAUCACGGGGUUCCCUCCGAGCCCUUGUGCUCUUACUCUCACUCUCCUUCCACUCAGUGUUCGAAGGUCUAGCUGUGGGGCUGCAGCCAACAGUAGCCAUGACGGUGCAGCUCUGCCUUGCUGUCCUGGCUCAUAAAGGGCUGGUGGUGUUCGGUGUAGGACUGCGGCUGGUGCAGAUGGGCACUAGAUCCGGAUGGGUUGUGAUCUCCAUUCUGUCAUUAGCGGUCAUGUCCCCCCUGGGGUUAGGCCUAGGGAUGGCUGUCGCUGGAGGGCACUCUGAAGUGGGGUGGGGCUUAGCCCAGGCAGUGCUGGAGGGUGUGGCAGCUGGCACCUUCCUCUAUGUCACCUUCCUAGAAAUUCUGCCCUGGGAGCUAGCUAGUCCUGAGUCCCCUCUAGCUAAGUGGGGGUGUGUAGCUGCUGGUUUUGCCUUCAUGGCCUUCAUUGCCUUGUGGGCCUGAAAGAUUCCUGAC